GCGGGCUAUACGCAGGGUCUUCCAAGGUAUUUUCGGCGCAAGAUGUCAGACAGCUCCGAUCUCAGUGGCGAGGAGUACGGCUCGUCGGCCGAGUUCUCCAAUGACGAGGUGGACAGCGUGGACGAGCUGGACGGCUCUGAUGUGGACGCCGACUACUCGCCGCCCAACAUCAGCUAUGUGGCUGACUCACUGCGAGACGAGGACAUGGUGCUGGACCCGCACGAGCGGCGCAGGCAGUCCAGCGAGGGUGAGGGCACCAUGCAGCUGACGGAGCACAUCGACCUGCAGGAGCCGCUCGCCUCGCUGCGCGGGCUGCUCGAGCAGCGCAUGAGCAUGGAGCUGGCCGGCUACGAGUACUGGCUGCAGGGCGUGCAGCAGCUCGAGCCGGAGCACACGCUGGCCGAGCAGUGUAUCGAGGGCGAGGGCGUGGUCCAGGUCAACGUUGAGCUGUCGAUCGGCCACGGCCGCCGCAUGAUCAACAUCAUCGACGUGCUGAAGCCGAGCGAGGAGUACAUGGCGCGCCAGCGGCGGCCGGUGCGCGGCCUCAAGCGGCCGGCGCCGGCCUCGCCCACGCCAGAGGACGAGCCGGACGAGCUCGGUGACGAGCGAGACCCACUCGAAAGCGUCCUGGAUGAGGACGUCGAGGUGCAGGAGGUGCAGGAGCAACUGGCGCCGGCGGCCGAGGGCGCGCCGGCUUCGCCGCCGCCAGCCAAACAGCGCUGGCCGCCCAGCGCGCCCAAGACGCCGCCCCAGCAGGAGACGCGUCAGGUGACGCGCUGGGCGCUCUCGCCCAAGUUCAAGGAGCUGCAGGCCACCUUCAACAUCCCUACAGACCCCAUGUGCUGGGACCAGGAGCACGUGCGCCACUGGCUCGGCUGGGCGCUGGAGCAGUUCCCGCUGGCGGAGAUCCACCGUCAGGAGUUCGACACGCUCACCGGCGUGGACCUGUGCGCGAUAGAGAAGGGCAGGUUCACUGAGCUGGUGCCCACCGACCCGAACGACCUCUUCUGGACACAUCUGGAGCUGCUCAGGAAGUGCAAGUUUGUCGCUAUUGUUCAGCGAGAAGAGGUUGUCACAACCGUGAAACCAAAAAAGAUUAAAGCGAAGUUUAACCUUGACGGACCGGACUUCGCAAACAACACGGUGGCGGGCCACAUCCAGCUGUGGCAGUUCCUGUUGGAGCUGUUGACAGACAAAUCUCGCCGGGAGAUCAUCCACUGGGUCGGCACCGACGGCGAGUUCAAGUUCAAUGACCCCGAGAUGGUCGCGUACCUCUGGGGCCAGCGCAAGAACAAGCCCAAUAUGAACUACGAGAAGCUGAGCCGGGCGCUGCGCUACUACUACGACAGCGACAUGCUGCAGAAGGUGUCGGGCAAGCGGUUCGUGUACAAGUUCAUCUGCGAUCUACGCGCCGUGCUGGGCUACAGCCCGGCCGAGCUGGCGCGGCUCGUCAUGGAGGCCGAGCACCGCGAGAACCUGGCCAAGAAGCAGCGGCUGCGCGCCAAGAUUGCUGGGGGCCUGCUCUAGGAUCGGCCGUGCCGCGGCGACGGCUGCGGGACCCGGCCUCCCUUCAGGGAAGCUCCCGCCGCCGGCGAAGUGCCGUAGUGAGGGAAGGGUCAGCUGAUCAGGGCUGCUCGAGGACGGGGUCAGGUCGCUCAUCCCCAGAGCUGAGCACGGGGAGCUGCCGGCCGUGUGUGGCCGCGUCGCAUGGUGACCGUGGCUUGCCCUCAAGAGGUCGCUCGGAGGGCAAGACUGGCGGACCCGUGUCGCGCGGUGCCCCCCGCCAGUCACUGGUCCGCGAAGUACCGGACAGACGGUCCUGUCAGUCACCGUUUGUAUCAGGCUGUGAACUUUGUAGACCUACUCGAGCUGUACUCGCGUGGGUGAUAGUACAACAUUUAUACGCUCGUUUAGUGGCUGGCUUGUUUGCGGGUGGGGUUUACCAAAAACAUCAGCGAACAUGUUGGUAAGUAAAAUAAUUGGGUUCAGUCCAGUCGCGCCGGCGCAACUAUUUGUGUCACGAACUAGCUGCAGUCUCGUAUUGGCAAAUUCGUCCAUUGUUGCACAGUGUGAAAAAGCAAAUAAACUACGCACAACUGUC